GUCCUUUCAAGUGACCAUGCGUGUGGGUUAUAUCUUGAUCGCGGUCGUGGCGACUCUCCUUACUUGCUUCACUUCGAUUACGACAAGCGAACCCCUGCGUUUCAAGGAGGCUACCUCGAAUCGUAUCCUAUCGGCUGAUGACGAGGAGAACGAAGGCAUGGGCAGGCGGCUCGUAUGGCUCAGGCGCGUGGAUAGUGACGAUCUGAAAGCAUUUCCCUUGACUGAGGUGAAGUUGAUUCUAGCGAAAGAAUCGACACGGAAUCAGUACUUACAGAGCUGGGGAGAUGGGAAGGUUAGCAUCAAGAACCUAGCAAAAGGUCUUAAGCUCAGCACUGCUAAAAGCAAGCGUUUGCGGGAUAUCCUGAACCGGAACAAGAAGGAUCAGCUCAAGGUAUUGAAGAUGUAUGAGGAUUACCUGAAAACGCUUAAGAAGAUUCCUUCUCCCCCAGUCGCAUAGGUAGCGUAAAGCAUCCAAGGCAGGGAAUUCAGUACAAGCUAUACGUCUU